GAGGUCAGCUUCCACGAAAAGCCACACUGCUCCUCGCAUAUAUCACGACACACCCUCUUCCAUUUCCCAAACUUCCUCUUCCACAGAGACCCCGAAGACCUUUCUUUACGUCCAUACUUCACGUUCUCAACUUCUUCUUGUACCCUUUGCACUUAUCUCAUUUCUCGGAACGAGCCUCGGCGCGUGAUGAUGGAGAUGGAAGAGCUAUUAUUUGCAGAAGGCGAUCAGUGCAGGACACCGAGGCACAGAGGGUGUCAGAUACCUGUCGACAUGACAUGCCCACCGCCAGCGCCGAGGAAGAAGGCCGCUUACGAGGGACGGAGGCGCGAUCCGCCUAAGAACGGCUUCUUUCAGCCUCCCGAUCUUGAGCUUCUCUUCGCUGUUGUACCUCAGAGAGAAGCUUGCGCCUGAUAUGCCAGUAUCAGAAGAGGCUUCGAUCAAGCUUCGCGACUUUAUAUGGGACAUGUUGGGUUUUUUAAAUGUGUACCACGUUAGAUGUUCCGUGUUUGUAAUUUUUCGUUCCCUCUGUAUUUCUUGACUGACCAAGUGUGACCGAAGGAGUUACUGUUGUUUUCCCCCUUUUCUAGCCAUCUAAUUCUGAUGUAAUCAGCAGUUGCUUGUUUUGAAAACUCUAUUAACGAAAGCAGAGCAUGAUCUCGUUCGUUUAA